ACACAGACACACCAACCGGAGUGAUCUAAACCUCCUCCUCCUCCUCGUACACCCCCCUUUCCAACAUCCGCGCGUUUACUAUCGAGCUCACACACAUACAUACACACAUACACACACAUACAGAGCGAGCGAGAGAGCGAGAGAGAGAGCCGCGCGUUAGGGUCGUUUAAAGUGGAUUUGUGCCAUCAGGAGCGCUUCGUCUCCAGCCAUGGAAGAGCUCACAGCGUUCGUGUCGAAAUCCUUCGACCAGAAGAGCAAGGAGAGCAGUAAAGAGAGCAUCACGUACAGGGAAGUUUUGGAGAGCGGCUUAGCGCGGGCCAGGGAGCUGGGGAACUCGGAUGGCAGCCUGCAGGACAUUACCGACAGCAACACUCACUGUCCCGUACAUCUAUUCAAGGAACACGUGGAGCUGGACAAGGACAAGCUGAAGGAGUUUAACGUGGCCAGGGCGAGCGACGGGAUUUAUGAGUGCAAAGAAAAGAAGGAAGAGGUGAAAUCGGAGGACGAGGACGCCCAGGGUAAACUGAAACAGAGACGGAGCAGGACAAAUUUUACCUUAGAGCAGCUGAAUGAACUGGAGCGCUUGUUUGAUGAGACGCAUUACCCGGACGCGUUCAUGCGAGAAGAGCUGAGCCAAAGACUGGGGCUCUCUGAGGCCAGGGUUCAGGUAUGGUUUCAGAACAGAAGAGCAAAAUGCCGAAAACAAGAAAACCAGAUGCACAAAGGUGUGAUUUUGGGCUCCGCCAGUCACUUGGACGCAUGCAGAGUCGCUCCCUACGUUAACAUGGGCGCCCUGAGAAUGCCAUUUCAACAGGUCCAAGCGCAGCUCCAGUUGGAGGGGGUGACCCAUUCGCAUCCCCACCUGCACCCCCACCUGGCAGCACAUGCUCCCUAUCUGAUGUUCCCUCCUCCACCGUUCGGACUACCAAUCGCAUCGCUGGCAGACUCAGCCUCGGCAGCGGCCGCUGUAGCAGCGGCUGCCAAGAGCAACAGCAAGAAUUCCAGCAUCGCUGACCUGCGACUCAAGGCAGGACUGCUUGGAGGCCACUGGCUCAGCCCUUUCCAGGCCCAGAUCACAGCCCCAGGACCAUACAAAAAUAUCUGGAUGUCUGUCUGAAACCCAGCGAUUAAGAGUGGCGACUCUUAGAAAAUGAGCAAAGCAAAAGGCAGACUCAGAGAGACUGAGGGAAGAUAGAGCUUGGUCAGUACUCUCAGAAUGAGUGUCUCAAUACUCAAAAGUUUGGAUUGUCAGCCACAGAGAGAGAGAAAAAAAGCAACGGCCAUAUUUGUCUCCACCCACUGUGUUUGUGCUGCUGCCAAGAGCAUGUGUUAAAAUGAAGGAUAGUUCUAAUGGGGAGGGCCUCCAUUGUAACUGACAUUCACCCUGUUAUGACAACCUUCCAUCAUAGUACCACGCACCCAGUUUAUAUAUAGUUUUUUAUUUUUUAAAUCCACAAUGGCCAGAGAUUAGAGGCAGCACUCACACCAAGAGUACAAUCACGAAAAUUAAAUUUCUCUUGCUUAUUCUUACAGAUUUUGGAGGAAACACUACACAUAGUGAAAUAUAUAUCCUGUAUAUUUCCUCUGGGCAUGGGUCUGAAGGACUUUAGCUUUCAUAGCUUUCAUUUUCCAUCAUUUUGGCGCUCUGUUUUCUUUUGCUACGUGUAUUGGGAAUAGAAGUGGAACUAGCUUUUGCACUUCAGGUCUUGUAUCAAGGUGUUUUCAAUCCUUGUUGCAAGAAAAUACUACUUCUAUACGAGGGUGAAAUUGGGGUUUCGUCAAAAUAUAUUGAAAUGACAAAAAUAAUAAAAGGGUCACUGCAAUUUUAUAAUUUAAGGUAUUAUGGAAACAUCAGUUUAACUGAAAUGCAAUUAUGUGCAGUUAAGUGCAAUACUGUAAAUAUGAAAAAAAAAAACAAAACAAAAAAAAAACAAAAAACAAAUAGCAGUUGAUAUUUGCUAAUGAACAAACGACAAUUUCUUUUGGCACUGAUAUUGAUGUAUUCCUAGUUGUUUUUCACAGACACAUUUUUUUUCAGGCCGUGUAAAUGAUAAGUUGCUAAAUCAUUUGCACUUGUGUGCCAUAACUCCCCACGUGUGAUGGUACUCAAACAUAGUUUUGCAUAUGUACAUUUGAAUCUCGACAA